AUGAGUAGUGGUGCAGGAGCUGUAAAACCCAAAGAGGAGGAACAAGAUGGCAUGUCCGUUCAUUCUCCUUGCAAACCUCCUCCUUCCUCCGCUUCCUCUCUCCCCAAGGAGCAAGCGCAGGUUGAAUUGGAGCUGAGACUGUUGGAAGCUCUUGAAAUUUAUCCUCCAAUAAAACUUCAAGGAAUACAUCGCCACUUUGUCCUUUAUGGUCUGAUGGAAUAUCUAAAGAGGAGUUUCGACAGACACUUCUCUUCUGAGGAGGUCCUUCAGUUGCUGGAUCGGUUCUACAACUUAGAAAUGCUGAAAACAGAUGAUGAAGAUAUCGACAUGCUUAAUCAUGAAGAAGAUUUCAGCUUGCCUCAGAGUUUCUUUGGAAAGGAAGAAUCUUGA